AUGCAAACUGUACGAGAAAACAAGACAAUCCUUGCUGAUAUCCUCUCUGCUGAUAUCGGCUUUGUCCUCCAGCAUGCGCAACAGAGAGAACUCAUCACCGAUCGCGAAUACAGGAAUCUCAACGUACCGUCUCAUACCCGCGAACAGAUUUCCAUCAGUUUACUGGAUAUACUGAUGAGCAAGUGUGAUAAGACGUGCCAGAAGUUCAUCAGCCUACUGAGAGAGCCGGAUAUUUUGAGAACAUUUCCAAGGCUUGAAGAUCUUUUUCCAGCUCAUCCCGUAGACCUCAAACAAGAUGAUUGUCUACAGCUUGUCUGUAAGAAGCUGAAAACCAGACUGAAGUCGAAAUUUGGAAAAGUCUUUGAGGGCAUUGCAAAGAGAGGACAUCCAUCCCUCCUCGAUAAGAUUUACACUGAGCUCUGCAUCACAGAGGGAGAGAGUGAGGUGGUGAACGAAGAACAUGAGAUUUGGAAAAUCGACAAGGAGUCCCAGGCAACAAGAAGACAAGACAGGCCAGUUGGUCUCAGUGACAUUUUCACACACAUGGAGAAACCUGAGGGAGAGAGAACAGAGAUCAGAACUGUGCUCACCAUGGGCAUCGCUGGCAUUGGAAAAACAGUCUCUCUUCAGAAGUUCACUCUGGACUGGGCAGAAGGAAAAGCCAAUCAGGACAUUGAUUUUGUCUUUGUGCUUCCUUUCCGUGAGCUGAACAAAGUUAGAGAUGACCACUGGAGUCUACACGAACUUCUUCUAUAUUUUUAUCCUGAAAUUAAAGAAAUGAAAGGCACAGAGUUCUAUGAAUACUGUAAAAUUGCCUUUAUCUUUGAUGGUUUUGAUGAAAGCAAACUUCCAAUGGAUUUUGAUGGAAAUAGAAUAGUGUCUGAAAUGACAAAGCCUGCAUCGCUGGAUGUGUUGAUGACCAAUCUCAUAUGUGGAAACCUGCUGCAUUCUGCUCUAAUCUGGAUAACCUCCCGACCAGCUGCAAUAAAAAAGAUCCCCCCCGAACAGAUCCAUCGUGUUACUGAAGUGAGAGGGUUCAGUGACUCCCAAAAGGAGGAGUACAUCAAAAAAAGAGUCAGUGAUCAGAGCAUGGCCAGCGAAAUCAUCAAACAGAUGAAGUCAUCAAGAAGCCUCCAAAUCAUGUGUCACAUACCAGUCUUUUGUUGGAUUAUGACCACAGUCUGUGAGUACAUGUUAGGUAAAUCCAGAAGAGACAAAAUUCCUCUUACUGAAACUCGUUUAACUCUUACUGAAAUGUACACUCGCUGGAUGCUUACACAGACUGUGCUAAAGAACGAGAAGUACUUUGGGGAACGUGCGAGGAAUGCAGUGAAGAUGACUGAGCAAGAUGUUCAGAUCAUUCAUAAACUGGGAGAGUUGGCCUUCAGAAACCUGCAGGAGAGCAACCUCGUGUUCUCAGAGAGGGACCUCGAGGAUCAUGGAAUUGAUGCGUGUGUUGCAUCAGUACAGUCAGGAAUAUUCACCGAGAUCUUCAGACAGGAAGAUCCAAUGUUUAAUGAGGAAUGGUACAGCUUCGUGCAUCUCAGCUUUCAGGAGUAUCUUGCUGCAGUUCACGUGUUGAACUUCUAUGUCUCUUACAGACAAAUACCACCCCAACUGAACAGAAGCCCAUCUGAAGGAAAGGUAUCCUCAGUGUGGCUUUUGGCUCCCGCUGAUUCCCUCUCUCUCCUGGAUUUAGCAGACGUAGAGGAGGAUUUUCGGGCCCCAGACUUCAGCGGGGCAGGCACGCCGGGAACAUUGCAUGAUUUGCACAGAGCUGCUGUGGACUGCGCUUUGGAAAGUGACAACGGGCACUUGGAUCUCUUCCUCCGUUUCCUUCUUGGCCUCUCACUGGAGGCUAAUCACAAACUACUGAAGCAGUUCCUGAUGGAGACCGAGAGAGAUCAAGAUAGUGUGCAAAGGACAAUAUGUUAUAUAAAAUACCGGCUCAGGGAUAAAAAAAGAUUACUCUCUCCAGAGCGAUGCGUUAACCUCCUUCACUGCCUGGCCGAACUGAAUGACAAUUCUUUGAAUGAGGAGAUCCAGAGGUUUAUGAGCGGUGAAAACCUGCGAAAGCAGAGACCGUCAGCAGGAGAAUGUUCAGCACUGGCAUACAUGAUGCAAAUGUCAGAGGAGCCGCACGAUGAACUUGACCUGAGGAAAUUCAACACAUCAGGAGAGGGCAAACGGAGGCUGAUCCCAGCUAUGAAGAACUGCCGAAAGGCUGUCAUACGGGUUCGUCUCUCUCCUGACACCUUUGAACUUUUGGUGAAUCAGCUGCAGCCAGAUGCUCAGUUAAGGAAAUUGGAUCUUAGCUACAGCAGCCUGGCAGAUACCGGAGUUGAGAAGAUCUUUCUUCAGCUCGGUUGUUGUGAGCUGGAGACAUUAAGGCUCAUAUGCUGUCUGCUCACUGAGAAGUCCUGUGCUACACUGGCCUCAGUACUCCCAGACUCUCACCUGAAAGAACUGGAUCUGAGCUGCAACGGGAUCGGAGAGGAGGGAGUGAAACUGCUCUGUGAUGGAUUCCUGAGUCCACGCUGUCAGAUACAGAGUCUGAGGCUAAGAGAAUGUCAUCUCUCAGUGAAGGCUUGUGACUGUUUGGCUCCGGUCCUGUUUACUCACUCUGUGCUUAAAGAGCUGGAUCUGAGCAGUAAUGACCUUCAGGAUGCAGGAGUGAAGCUCCUCUCGGCUGGACUAGAGAAUCCACACUGUGUGCUUCAGAAGUUGGGACUAUCUGGCUGUUUAGUGACAGAGGAAGGCUGUUCUUCUCUGGCUUCAGCUCUGAGUUCAAACCCCUCACACCUGAGAGAGCUGGAUCUGAGCUACAAUCAUCCAGGAGACUCAGGAGUGAAGCUGCUCUCUGCUAAACUGGAGGAUCCACGCUGUAAACUGGAGACACUCAAGUUAGACUGUUGUGGAGAAUCCAGACUUCGGCCACAGCUCAAAAAAUACGCUCAUGACCUUGGAGUUUCUGAAUUUAAAUCUCAGGAGUCUAUUGAUCAGUGGGAAGAAGAGUGUGUGAGGACAGACCACCCAGGGCUCUCAGACGGUCGGUUUUACUGGCAGUUUGAGUGGACGGGGAUUGUGGAAAUUGGGAUGAGAUACUGGAAGAAUAAGGGACGCUUUCAGGAGUUCUGGACUGCCUACAGCUAUGACUCUGGCUCUACAUUAGGCAGAUCACUGCCAGCAGAGUCACUGUUAAUAAACAACGCAAAAAUAAAAUGUGGGGAAAUUGGGAUGUUUCUGGACCAUCCAGAGGGGACUCUCUCCUUUUAUGAAGUAUCAUCUGAUAACUCGCUGAACUAUAUCCACACGUUCUUCAUCGAAGACAGGGAGCCCUUGUUUCCCCGGUUUGCCGUGCUGGGUCCUGGGUCCAUUCGAAUUCAGAGUCCGUGA